AUGUCUGCCAAGAGCAAGGUCGCCAAGGUCGCUACAGUGGAAGGGAAGGUCCAGAAGAUGAAGCUGAUGGAACUAGUCCAGCGAACCAUAAUGUGCAAGUUCUUUCGUGCAGGUCUUUGCAACCGCGGAAACGGCUGUACCUUCGCUCACGACGAAGCGGAGUUGCUGUCGGCUCCCGACUUGUACAAGACGAGUCUUUGCUCAAAGUUCCAGCGGAGUGGCUUUUGCAAGAAGGGCGCAAACUGCAGAUAUGCGCAUGGAACAGAAGAGCUUCGAGUGCUCGGGGCACGUGGUUCGGCCAGCACCUCUACGGCUUCUUUCGGCAUCAGCGAGGAAGCCGAUUCCGCUUCCGACACAGAGCAGAUUUGCCUUCGCGUGAAGAAUACCUUCCUAGAGUUCGGCUACAGCGAGAGCAGGCCGAAAAGGAACUGUAAGGCCCUUACCCAGGCCCGUACAGCGCUUCAGGGCCCCCAAGGCAGUUUACUGCCCGAAGGCCGACUUCCGAAGCCGGGCCCCCGGGCAGGUCUUCCCCAGCCACUCUCCGGCGAUGCAACUCCGAGCCUUGAGACGCAAGGCCAGGCUUGGGGGCUGCAGCCAGCAUUGAAAGCACCCGCAUGGCAUGAGUUAUUUUGCAGUUUCAAUGCACUUCUGUCGAUUUGUGAGUUUGUGGCUCGCAGAGAGCACCACUUCGUUUCUGAAGGCAGGGACUGUUAA